GAGAUUACCUAACUAAGGGUUAUGUUUCCACGCACCUAGGUUCUUCGAUUCAGCCCUUUGUAGUAGCUUUGUUGUUUCUGGUAACACAAUAGCUCCGUCCAAGUAUCACAAAGCCAGACUUCUACCAUUAAUCCUCCAAGAUGAAGUAUCCGCGCUGCCUGAACAUGAACAUAUGAUGAGUCUAAACUACAAGGGAAGCCUAAGAUACAUUGCUGGUGGUAUAUUUCUACAUAGCCUCUGGUUCGCCAUUCCCAAACUGGGGGGCCCUUCAACGAUGCCGAAGACGUCAACGAAAUCUGCCAUAGAUCAAUUUCAAGAUAAGUUCCUUAUUGAACCAACAUUCAGAUCCAAACAACAUGUGCUUCACCCAGAAGACCAUCCAUACAGUAUGUGCCCAUUCCACAGUAGAACUAAUCGAGUGUAAGAAGUUUCUCGCAAAAAGCGACAAGACUGACCGCGAUGCCUGCAUCAUACCUAUCUGCCAACACACCCAGGCCCUAGCCACCGUCCUCGGCUUCUGCCACCACUGUGAGGUGGUCUACAAAGACGUCGACGUCUCCACUGUCAGCGCCUCGGAGCUACUUGACAACUACUGGAAGUUCAAGGCCGUACAGAAAUGGCACCACCCCGUCGAUCCUCUAAUGAUCCCCGCCUUGGCGCUUACAGAAGCGAGCAUGGAGCUUUCCUCAUCGUGGUACACCUUCGCACGAAAUGAAAAGGAACUGGGGAGAGACAUGGUAAUGGCUGCUUCCGUGCAGUCACUGGUCCAUGCCCUUGGCGAGCCCAUCACACACCCUUCUUGCGAUCUGUGUCGGAGGAAGCACCGCACGGAUGUUUGUCGGAUGGCAGUUGGUGGACAGAGGGCGACUGUUAGCUGGGCUACACGUCUCGCCAAUGCUGGGGACAUCUUCAAGACGUACGAAGUCUCUCAUGUGCUGAGCCACACCAGUAAAGCGGAAAAUGCGAACCAUGGUGAUUAUGGAGAUGAAUCGGUCCUCUCCUUGGAAGAGGUUCGGAUACCACCGUGAGUCGCUUUCAUCUCACAGCCGCUUGGCUCCGAGAGCCCUCCGUCGCGCCGCCUGAACAUCCAUGAGCGUCGUGAGAUUGAGUUCAAGGAACGACAAAUAUUGUUUGCUGAGCUCGCGGCCAACCACGAGAAGGAUAUCGAAAGGCUCAAGGAGCAAGCAGAGCUUGAGAUCAGAGCAGAGGAGGAGUUCAGGAAAGCGAUAUCAGCCUCUGAUAAUGC